CUCAAUCUGGCAUCUUUGGUCGUGCACGGCUCGUCGCGCCGUCAACGUCGUGUCGGGGUUUAGUUUGAACGUUCGCACGCGCGUACUCAUGUUCUCUGCGAGUAUUCGAACUCUCAGCAUCGCGGUCGGUCUCGUUUUUCGUUGACGGAUAGCGCAAAACGUGAAAUUACCGGGACGAAUCUCAUGCUAUCCGCGGAUCACCAUGGAUUCCUGGAUGUACGACGUGGUUUAUAUGAUGCCCGGUGGUUGCACCGAAAAUAUGAUCGGGAACAACAGGACCAUGGCGAAUAACAUCAAACAGGAGAUCGAGAAUCCCACGACGCCAACGCAAAACUACCAAGUUUGUUCACCGACCACCACGCUUCAACAUCAAGAGGUGAUAUGUAAUAAAAUUGAGGUACCACCCGAUUACGGCGGAGGCGGUGGCAGUCCUAGUAGUCCAGAGAUGCACCACUGCUCAUCGACUACGCAGCCCUUAGGUACACCCGAGGAGGGUGUCAAAGAAGAGGAUAUGAUUCCGAGAAGGCUAUGUCUGGUUUGCGGGGACGUAGCCAGCGGAUUUCAUUACGGCGUCGCCUCCUGUGAAGCGUGCAAAGCUUUCUUCAAGAGGACCAUACAAGCGAGUAAUUUCACAGGUAACAUUGAGUAUACGUGUCCGGCGAACGGGGAAUGCGAGAUAAACAAACGGAGAAGGAAAGCUUGCCAGGCGUGUAGGUUCCAAAAGUGCCUGAGACAAGGCAUGCUCAAGGAAGGAGUUCGGCUGGAUCGUGUCCGAGGGGGUAGGCAAAAGUACAGGAGAUCCGCCGACCCCUACACCGCUGUCGUGAAGGCAGCUCCGUUGGAAGCAAACGUAGCGACGGGAGCUUCUAACGAAAUAAUGAAUAACAAAAUGCUGGAAGCUUUAGCUGCCUGCGAACCUGACAUGCUCCAAGUCUCCAAUCUCUCGCAUACUCUCGAUACGGACCAGAGAGUUCUCGGCCAAUUAUCCGAUUUGUACGAUCGGGAAUUAGUUGGAAUAAUCGGUUGGGCGAAACAAAUUCCCGGAUUUAGUAGUUUAGCCCUAAACGACCAAAUGCGACUUCUCCAAAGCACAUGGGCCGAGAUACUAACGUUUAGCUUAGCCUGGCGGAGUAUACCAAAUAACGGUAGAUUAAGAUUCGCCCAAGACUUUACUCUGGAUGAAAGAUUGGCACGUGAAUGCCAUUGUACAGAAUUAUAUACACAUUGUAUGCAGAUCGUCGAGAGGCUGCAGAGAUUGGGCUUGACCAGGGAAGAGUAUUUCGUGUUGAAGGCACUGAUAUUGGCGAACAGCGACGCGAGAUCGGACGAGCCGCAAGCGCUGUACUGUUUCCGAGACGUUAUCCUGAACUCGUUGUCGGACUGUGUGGCGACAGUAAGACCGGGACAAACGCUUCGCGCCAUGCAGAAUAUGUUCCUAGUGUUACCCAGCCUUAGACAAGUCGAUGGGAUCGUGCGAAGAUUCUGGUCGAGUGUUUACCGAACGGGGAAAGUACCGAUGAACAAGCUAUUCGUAGAGAUGUUAGAAGCCGCUUACUAUCGAUGAAAUUCCGACUUGAACCCGAUCGAGGACGUUGAGAACUUCGUGAAGAGUCGCUGUUGCUAAAUUAGUACCGGCGCGUUACGUUAACACGCUUUCUGGCGUGGAUCCUUGAAGAAUACGCGCGGGAGCCAGUGAGUGAUAGUGAGAAAGAGUAACUGUGUGCAGUUUUAAAUUCCUAAAGAGGAUGCGAAGAUAGAGGAGAGAAAGGGCUUUAUUUUUCAAAACGCGAAAAGUUUUUGGAGUCGCGCGAAGCGGAGUUUUGGGCCAGCCGAUGAUUUCAACAGUCGUCGGAAGUUCGCGACACACACACACACACACACCGUUUAAGAAUAGCAGCCACGCUCGUUUCGUCGAAGUAACCAAACUUUCCUUUUCGUGUACCCCUUUUACAGGUACAGAGAAAAACGGAUGUUAUUUCAGGAUAGGAUACGUAGUACAAGACGCGAGAUGCUUUUUUUCCAGAGCUCUCAUCCUUAGAGUUAUUUACGACAAACCUGUCCGCGCCGGACAGAUGAACCUACCAAAUAAAUAACAAAUAAAUAAACGGAAAAAGAUUUUCAUUUACGUAACGAUCGGCGUACGAUCGCGAAACACCAAACCGGUGAUAUCGUAGAAAUCAAAUACGAUUGUACUAACUGUGGGUGUUUGACGUCGUAGAGUUAGUCCGUGUUACCAAGUACUACCAGUUUUAAUCAAAAUUACGUGUAGUACAUUACGAUUCGGACAAUUACCUUAGUUAUACCUUUUUCUCCGAAACAAAAAAAGGAAUCCAGUCAAUUUCGAAGCUAGAGCAACGCGGACUCUAUAUUUUUAAUAGCGUCGAUGAAAAAGAGAAGGAUGAAACCGUUUUGUAUAGAGUAACUGCACGUUUUAAUAUUAUUGAGUGUAAAAGAUCAAUGUGAAAUCGAUGUGUGUAUACUGCAUUGAACAUCCAUAGUUGUAUAGUUGAGCGGAAUGAAUUUAGCAUGUGCCGUUGUACAUACAAAUUGAAUCAACGCGAACAGAGCUGUGAACAGUGAAACAAAAAUUGAUAGAAUGGCUGGAUCGUUCUUUAAUUAGCGCCAUGCUGACUUUGUACAAGGUAGAUAUUCGCGAGAAAAGAAAAUAAUGUUUCGAAAGCGGACCUACGGCCAGGUUGCCAGGUUCUUAUGUGGAGCGAAAGGAGAUAUGAAAUUUAAUCGAUUGUUGAAAUGAUUGCGAAAUGUUAUUCGCGCGUGCCACACAGAGAGCGUAGGUGAAUAUAUAUUAUAUUAUUAUAUUAUUAUAUUAUAUGUAUUCAGGGAUCUUUAUUAUCUAGUUAUUAUUGUUAACGAGAUCUGGCGUGCACAGAUCUUGCGCAUAAUGUCGCUUUUUUUUUUAAAGCGAGCGUAUAAUAUACGUGUAGGAGCUACUAUUCACGCGAGAGAAAAAUGUUUACUUUUUUUUUCUAACGAGGAGAAACCGUUUCAGACGAACGAAUUGAAUUUCUUUUUGUUUGACCGAUUGUCCGCGACGAGGCUCGGCUUCCAAUGGAUCAGUCCUCGACGUUUAUUUCAUAUUGUACAAAAGGUGAAAAAGAAAAGUUAAAAAUGAAUUUUUAAGUUUUACAAGAGCUGCUGCGCUCGGAACAAUGUCAUCUCGAGUCGCGACGUGAUUAACGCAAUCAGAGUGCAAUAACGUCGGAACAUCGAUUACUUUUUUAGUUCUCUGUACAUGAAGAUACUUCGUGUUUGUUUUAUUUCUAAACUUUGUUGAAUCCUCCUGCAUUUAAAUACACACACGUUUCAAAAUAGUUAA